GGGGAGGGCGGCAGCGAGAGUCAGGGCCCCCUCCACCUGUGUUGUUGUGUUGCGCCUUUGCGGGGGGUGUCUCGAUUGCAAGGCAGCUCUGUGUUGCUCCGCGUGCUUGUCAGGCCUUCGUCGAGGCAACUCCUGCAUUCUGCUUCUCGGAAACGAGCCUUGGAAUGCGUGCGCAGAGUGGAGCAGAAUUUGACUUGUCCGUGAAUUUUCCAAGAGUUUUUUUUGCUUUGAUCGCGAAGUAGGCGAUGAUGGAGGUGGCGUUGGUGGUGGUUAAUUGAGUAGAUCUGUUUUGGUGUAUUCGUGUAGUGGAGUGUUUGGUUGGCAGCAGGAAGAAGGGGCGAGUACAGAAUACCAUCGAGGAAUACGAUGCUAUGAGGAAUGUGCUGGGCUGGCAUUGGUUGUGACCUUGGAACGGUGGGUCCCGGUGGAUGAAGACGGGAGAUAGUUUGAUUGGAGGGGUUUGAGUUACGUGGAGUCUCGGCGUAAGGGAAGUCGAGGCGGAGAGCAGGGGAUGCAUGCCACCAGACAAGCUUGAAUGCAUUCCUUGUGUUGUAUCGCGCCUGUUCCCUUGGAGAAAGAGGGAGCUAAAGGGGGCAGUGAUAACAGCAAGAUGUUGUUAUCGCCGUCUGAGCCCAGUGCUCCGCAACGAUCCUCGAAAGACCGCCAGAAUGCGACGUCCUUAGGCUCCAGGAACCUGCCGAACCCGAAGAGCAAUAGUAUUAGUAAUCGUAUUGAACAUAGUCUUCCGAAUUCAAGCCAAACAAUGGCACAAUCGGGACCCUUUUCUAGUGCAAAUAACAACGGAAUCAUCGUUGCUGGUGCCCCGCAGCUCGAUGGGAGAGUGGGUGGCAGCGACAGCGUGCACAGUAAUCGGGCUGAGCCGGACCUUCCAUCUGCAGAGGCAGGAAAAAAUUUCACUGUCAUUCCGGAGGGAGGUAUGAAAACGGCCACCAAUUUCUCUGGAGAGCUUUUUCAGGUGAUGGAUACCAAGGUGUGCAGCUCGCCUCAAGGGGGCGCGCUCACCGACAAUGUGGUUGGGAUUUUGUAUAAGUGGGUGAAUUAUGGGAAGGGAUGGCGGCCUCGUUUGUUUGCACUUAAGGAAGGCGUGUUUUCAUACUACAAGGUUCAUGGUCAUGAUAAGGUUACUGUGAACGACAGUCGGUUUAGAAAUUCCCGUAUUAUUGGAGAAGAAGCUCAGAGAUUUUUGAAGAAGCAGAAAAAUCCGCACACGCAUCCCCAUUUGCAUAUUCACAGCGUAGAUCAGAAUCAAUUCGAAGCGUCCGGAAAGAUCCAUCUCAAGGUGUCCUCUAUUCGUUACAGCCAGUCAGACGACAAGAAGUUUUACAUCUACACGGGAACGAAGACUCUGUAUCUUCGAGCAGAGACAAAUGCUGACAGAUCUGAUUGGGUCGGGAUCUUGCAAGCGGCCAAGGAACUGUUCCCUCGGGGUUCAUUGCUUGUUGGUGUAGUUACUCCUUCUGAAGAAAUUACCAUAUCUACUGAUAAAUUGAGGCUAAAGCUUCUGGAUUUUGGGUUAAGUGAGGAGCAAGUGAAGGAGUGUGAGGAUAUCAUGCUCGGAGAAUUUGCCGAUGUGAAGGAGCAGUUGAGAGUUAUUCAACAGCGUCGCCUGACUUUGCUCGAAAGACUGCGGAUGCUUGAGGCUGAGAAAGUGGAAUUGGAGACAACUGUAGUGGAUGAAAUGCGAAGUCAUGGCGGAGCUGAGAUUCGUGAAUUGAAGAAGUAUUAUGGUGGAAGCGAUUCUGAGUCAGAUGAGGACAAUGACGACCACAAGGGUGGUGUUGAAGUAGAUUCUGACGAUGAGGAAGAUGUCUUCUUUGAAGCAAAGGAGACACUUAGGAGUUCUGCUAAUCCUCCUAAACAUCACCUAGAAUCUCCAUCAGACGGUGAGGUUAGCAUGGACAUAGUAGGAUUUGAUUAUCCGAAAGUUCCUCGACGAAAGUCUCUACCUAAUCCAAAGGAGAAAGAGAAGAAUGUGAGUUUGUGGUCUAUGAUCAAGGACAAUAUUGGCAAGGAUCUGACAAAGGUCUGCUUGCCAGUUUACUUCAAUGAACCUAUCUCAUCUUUACAGCGGGCUUUUGAAGAUGUGGAGUAUUCUUACCUCUUAGACAGGGCAGCUGAAUACGGAAGGAGGGGGAAUAGCCUUAUGAGGCUUCUAUCCAUUGGAGCUUUUGCAGUGUCAGGGUAUUCUUCAACAGAGGGUCGCACUUGUAAACCUUUCAAUCCCCUGCUUGGAGAAACUUACGAAGCUGAUUACCCUGACAAAGGUCUAAGGUUCUGCUCUGAAAAGGUGAGUCAUCAUCCAAUGAUUGUGGCAUGUCAUUGCGAGGGCAGAGGCUGGAAAUUCUGGGGUGACAGCAAUUUGAAAAGCAAGUUUUGGGGUCGUUCAAUCCAACUGGAUCCUGUCGGUAUUCUCACGUUGAAAUUUGAUGACGGUGAAGUAUUUCAAUGGACCAAGGUCACGACAUCAAUAUACAACCUUAUCCUAGGAAAGCUUUAUGUUGAUCAUUACGGUACCAUGCGCAUCCAGGGCAACCGUCAUCUUUCCAUAAAAUUGAAGUUCAAGGAGCAGUCAAUAAUUGAUCGCAACCCUCAUCAGGUUCAAGGGUUUGUGCAUGAUAAAAGUGGGAUUAAGAUUGCAACGCUGUUCGGCAAGUGGGACGAGUCUAUGUACUACAUAAUGGGAGACAUUUCUGAGAAACCAAAGCAUUAUGAUCCCAUGUCUGAAGCUGUUUUGUUAUGGCGGGCCGCUCCUCCACCAGAGAAGCUGACUCGAUAUGGAUUGACAACAUUUUCCAUGACUUCAAAUGAGAUGACCCCUGGACUGAGAGAAAAGUUGCCACCUACAGAUUCAAGGUUGAGACCUGAUCAAAGACAUCUGGAGAAUGGUGAAUAUGAUGCUGCCAAUUCAGAAAAACUGCGACUUGAACAAAAGCAGCGACGAGCACGGGCCCUUCAAGAGAAAGGCUGGCAACCACGUUGGUUUCGCAAAGGCAAGGGCAAGGAUACCUAUGAAUAUAUAGGAGGCUAUUGGGAAGCACGAGAUAAAGGGAGAUGGGAUGGUUGCCCAGAGAUUUUUGGCCCAGAUCCUGCAGGUGAGAACUGUGUUAUGGAUUGAAGAUCAGUAACAGAAAUAGGGUGGUGAAAAUAUCCCCUGAUGGCAUUAUGCGACUUUUGUAACAUUACUGUCUCAACGUCCUCAACAUUCUCAACUUUUGUACCUUCAUCGAAAAUUUUAGUGUACAGCGAUUGAGGGUGCGUGGCUGGCCAGAUCGGGUUUAACCUUAAUAUGGGUCAUGUAUGUGUAGUUUUCUUGUUUUUCCCUUCUUUUGGUCAGGACCAGGAUAGAGUUUCCUCCCAUAGUAGAGCCAACCAUAGAAUAGCCAAGCUUGAUUCUUUUCACUACUGAGGUAUCAGUUAGUCCUCAAACAGUUGAUUCGGAUCAUAGUCUUGAAUAUGUGUCUCUUUUAUUGUUGAACCCUCACAUUUUUCCUGUACCUCCUGGUGAAUGGAGACCUGCACGGCCUGUCCAGUCAUUAAGACCAGAUCUUUUCAACUUCACAAUAAAUCACAAAUGGUAGACCUAUUUUGCAGCUUCGAUUACUAGUCAAAUACAUACUGCUUUAGGUCUGUUCAAGACCAUUCCCUUCAUUGGCCUCUUUAGGGUACUUGUAAUACUUCUAAUUGCAAGGCGUGGAGCAUGAGGUCUAAUGAACCUAUUCCUGUAAUUAAUGAGCUUGUUUAGGUGUCUGCACCACGAGUUACAAAAUAGGCACAUCUGUGUUGGAGACAGAAUUGAUCAUAGGAGCUAAUCUAUCGUUGAAAUGAGGACGACUUAACAUGGGGCUUCUGGCAAUUUGCAACCGAGGGGCCUUGACGUUUCGGGCUGGACCCCAUUUUAUUCCAUAGAUACUACCAUUCACUUGCGUAGUGACGCCUUGAGUGUGCACACUCCCAAGUGCGUUAGGAAUCAGUAUGGCCCAGUUCAUGGAGGCAGAUGCCCUGCCAUCCCCACCACCGCCGCCUUUCUUCAGACCACAUUGAAAGAGAAAUUGGCCUUUGUUCUGAUACGCUUGUGCUCUUUAUCAAGACAGAAGCACUUAGAGAGACCCACGAUCAUCCUUCUAGCUGUGAAGUGGAUUGUGAAGGCAGUCACAUCAGACAGUGAUGGAACAUCGAAAUUAUUGAUGGAAAUAGCAAUAUUUGGAGUUAUGGUAUUUGCUACAGGUUCCGUUGGUCAAUAUCCUGUUGAGAUAAUUGAACACCCAGCUUAUGUUUCCUCUUGACGAAUUCCAGUCUGAAUGCAAUAAAGAUGACAAUAGCAUCA